AUGGAACACCAGCAGCAGCUGCAGCAGCUGCAGCAGCAGCUACGGCAGCUACAGCAGCAGCUGGAAUCAGAGCAGCAGCAGCACUUACAAGCGAAGCAAUCGAUAGAACAAAUGGAGCAGCAGGCGCAGCAGCAGCAGCAGCAACAACAGCAGCAACAGCAGCAACAACAGCAGCAGCAGCAAACCAAACGUCAGUUAGAGGGAGCCCUUCAGGAACUUGAGCAGCAGCGUCAGCAGCAGCAAAAGCAGCAGCAGCUGCUGCUGCAGAAGGAGCAACAGCUGCAGCAGCAGCAGCAGCAGCACGCAGAAGAACUCCGAAAGAAGCACCGGGAAAUGCAACUGCUGCAGCAACAGCAGGAGCAGCAGCAACAGCAACAGCAAAAGCAGCAGCAGCAACAGCAGCAGCAGCAGCAGACCGUCCGCGAGCUGCAGCAGCAACUACAGAAGCAAGCUGCUGCGGCAGCUGAGGAUAUUGCUGCAGCGCAGCAGCGGGAGAGGGCAGCAGCUGCUGCUGCUUCUGCUGCUGUUUGUCGUGUUGAUGCUGCAGCAGCUGCUGCAGCUGCUGCUGCCUCCGCCAGCACUGCAGCAGUAGAGCUCUUCCAGCAGGUGGCUAAGCAGGUGCCUCAGCUGCAGCAGCAGCAGCAGCAACAACAGCAGCAGCCCAUGCCCUGCAACGAUAUUGUUUUGUGUGUCUGCAUGUCUGCGGCUUACGAGGAGGAGAAGCGCCUGCUGCAGCAGCAGCUGCAGCAGCAGCAGCAGCAGGCAGAGCUGCUGCUGCAGCAAAGGCAGCAGCAAGAAUCCUGUGCUGCUCUUCGUGAGCGAGAACUGCUGCUGAGGCUGCAGCAGAUGAGAGGCAUCGCUCUGGCGGCCUCGCAGGAGACUGCAGUGUUGGCUGUGCAGCUGAAGUUGCUGCGGGGUCAGCAGCAGCAGCAGCAGCAGCAACAGCAACAGCAGCAGCAGCAGCAGCAGCAGAAGCAGGAGCAGGAGUUGUAUUCAGUGGAGAGUGAUGUCUGCAUCAGGUUAGCAGCUGAGGGGGCGGAGGCAGAAACGAAGGCGCUGCUGGAGAAGUGCAACGGAAGGAUUGAGGAGACUGCUAGUCAUAUGGCGACGUCGCUGCAGGAGCUGCAGCAGCAGAAGGAGCAGCUGCUGGAGACAAACCAACAACUGGAGCAGUCAGCAGCAACACACGCAUCAGCAGCAGCAACGGCAGCAGCAACUGCAGCACGAAUUGGAAUCAGUGGUCGCAGCAGCAGCUGCUGCUGCUGCAACAGCAGCAGCAGCAGCGACAGCAGCAGCCGGUGA